GCUGGUAGUUGUAGUCCAAGGCUCAUCAUUUCCGUGUCCACAGGCUUCUGGUAAUGGAAUCUGCUCUGCAAAGACAAACACAUGUGAAAUAAUUGAUCAGUGCUGUGAAUUUAUGGGAACAUGUCAAAAAAACGGGCCAGGAAGCGUAGCAGUGGUGAGCUGAGUGAGAGCUCAGCUUCAACUCUGAGCCCAGACCCGGACAACCUUCUGGGUCGCAGAAUCCAACACACUUGGAGAGAAAAGGGCAAUGUGACCAAGUGGAAGGGUACCGUGCUUGAGCGACUUACAGUCAACAACUCUCUCUACAUGGUGAAAUACGAUGGCUUUGAUUGUGUCUAUGGCAUUGAGUUGUUUAAAGAUGGACGUGUAUCAAACCUGCAGGUGCUUACAGAAAAAGUUGUGAACAAUAAAAUAAAGGUACCACCUGGGGCAGAGGAGCUGGUGGGUCGUGCAGUAGAGCAUCUGUUUGAGAAGGAGGAUGGCGAAAAGAACGAAUGGAGAGGAAUGGUCCUGUCCAGAGCACCCAUUAUGACUCACUGGUAUUACAUCACCUAUGAGAAGGACCCAGUGCUGUACAUGUACCAACUUUGGGAUGAUUACAAAGAUGGAGAUUUGCGCGUGUUACCAGAAUCCGAAAAUAAGCACUUGCUUCCAGCAGACAGGAAACCUGGGGAGGAGCCAGAGAGCCUUGUGGGUAAGCAGGUGGAGUAUGUCACAGAUAACGGUCUGAAGAGAACCGGUUUGGUGAUCUACCAAGUUCCUGCCAAACCUACCGUCUACUACAUCAAAUAUGAUGAUGACGUACAUAUCCACGUCUACGAUCUGGUGAAGACCACCUAAAACUGAACAAUAUUGGUCCUGACCAGUCGUUACCUGUCUUAGUGUUAAUACAUUUCAUGAGGAGCCACCGCUAUGGAUUAAAAGCCCACAUAAACAUGACAAGACGAAAGACCAUUUAUUCAAAUGUUGUCAAAUCAACCCAACUUAAGCUCUUAAUGUAUGUAAAUCAGGUCUGACACCAGCUGUGUAUAGCAAGUGAAUGGGGCCAGACAUUUCUUUUGAUUCAUUGUUAUCUGUCAAAUUUCAAACUUAAAGUUUGUGUAAGACUGUCAAACAAAUGUCAAUUUUAUAUAUCCGUUAUAUUUAUUUUAGCUAAAAAUAUGUGUGUGCUGUAGGAUAAACUAUGGCUUUCUGUGUGUCAUCUAUUAGUCCUUUAAUUGGUUAUAUAAAAAUCAUGUAUGCAGUGAAGUAAUUUUGCUAUUAAAUAUAAUAUAAUUUUUAAACUAUGUAAGGAUAAACAAAACAGUCCCAUCUUACCAAUGUAGCACCUACUUGCAUAUCUUAAUUUUAUGUAAAAGACAACUUCUUACAUUGCAUUAUUAUUUUAAACGUGUACUAAGGUUACUUUGCUGGUGUUUGUGCUACUUGCUAAUGCUAUUUCAUGAGGUUUUAAUUGGCUUCAAACCUUUUGCUUUUUGAAUUGAAUUUCUUGCCAAAAUUUAAAAAUGUAAUAUAAUGAUAUAUAGAGGCCUCAAUAUUUGUGACUUACAUGUUUCAUUUUGUAAAUAUUAUCCCAAACAUUUUUAUGUCUGUAAAAAGAGAUGUUUAAAAUGUGUGUUUCUGAGUUAUUGUCAAGUGA